UUCCACACCGCUUUGUUGUUGUUGUGAUUCUCUUGUCAUUAUUUUGCAAUCAAUUCUAGUAUUUCGCACUUAAAUAACACAGAAAAUACGCCAUGCAGCGACAGGUAUUAAAUGUCCUAGGACAAACGUCGCGUCGUUUGGUCAUUGGGCCACAAUUCCGCACAUUGUCAGUUUCUGCGGGGCGGCAAGAGAUCUUCAAAGUUCAAAGUACCGAAGACUUCGAUAAGAAAGUCAAGAACAGCCAGCAGCCCGUGAUUGUGGACUUUUUUGCUACUUGGUGCAAUCCCUGUAAGCUGUUGACCCCGAGAAUCGAAAACAUUGUGGGCGAACAGGCAGGUUCCAUAAAAUUGGCCAAAGUGGAUAUAGAUGAACACAGCGAAUUGGCUUUGGAUUACGAUGUGGCCGCCGUUCCCGUCCUGGUGGUCAUGCAGAACGGCAAGGAAGUUCAGCGCAUGGUAGGCCUUCAGGAUGAGGACAAAAUUCGGGCCUGGGUCGCUGCCGCCGUCAAGCAGGCAAAAUAGUUACGAACAACUUUACAAAUCCCCCAAAAACUGAGGUUUGCUCCCCACAAAUUAAAGCCCAGCUUUGUGUUAAUUCGGACUUUCGAAAUAAAUGUUUAAUUACCCGUUGAAACAACAGAAA